ACGAAUAUUUCAUACUUGUACCCUAAACACAUCUCUCUCGCACUCUCAUGGUUCCUUUGUGUAUCUGUUGAACAAUACUGAAGCAGCAGCACUCCAGUCUCUUCGAUGGUGAGGACUUACGUUCGAGAAAACGUCCCUCUAUCAAGAUUUGGAGUGUUAGUCGCACAAUUGGAAUCUAUAGUCGCUUCCGCAUCUCACAAGCUUCCUGAUCCUCUCCUCUGCUUCGAUCUUCUUUCCGAUCUCAUUUCCUCCAUUCACGACGAGCCCAAGGAGUCUGUACUUCUGUGGCAAAGGAAAUGCGAGGAUGCACUCUUUUCUCUACUGGUUCUUGGUGCAAGGCGCCCUGUGCGUCAUCUGGCAUCUGCUGCAAUGGGUAAAAUCAUUUAUAAAGGGGAUAAUAUCUCAAUCUACUCAAGAGUCAGCAGCCUUCAGGGGUUCCUCUCUGAUGGAAAGAAGAAUGAAGCCUUGCGAAUAGCUGGUGCUGCACAAUGCUUGGGGGAGCUAUAUCGGUUAUUCGGGAAGAAAAUCACUUCUGGUUUGCUUGAAACUACAAGUAGUGUAGCAAAAUUGAUGAAGUUUUCCGAGGAUUUUGUGAGGCGAGAGGCUUUGCAGAUGCUUAGAAAUGCUCUCGAGGGUUCAGGUGGCAAUGGCUCUUUACCUGCAUAUGCAGAAGCAUUUCGCAUAAUCAUGCGAAUGGGUGUUGGAGACAAAUCAUUCAUUGUGAGGAAAGCUGCUGCAAGAUGUUUAAAAGCUUUUGCUAGUAUUGGAGGCCCAGGCUUAGGAGCUGGAGAGCUUGACAAUUCCGCCUCUUACUGUGUCAAGGCUCUUGAAGAUCCUGUAUCAUCGGUUCGGGAUGCCUUUGCAGCAGCUUUGGGAGCUGUGCUUGCUCUUGUAAUGAACCCUCAAGCGCAGGUGCAACCGAAAAAAGGCCAGGCUAAUUCAAAAAAUCCUGAGGGGAGUUUGCAAAAGCAUCUUAUAUUGCCCUUCACCAAAGCAAGUGGACCUCGUUCAAAGGAUUUGCGAAUCGGUAUAACCUUGUCAUGGGUGUUCUUCUUACAGGGCAUACGGCUUAAGUAUAUGCAUCCAGAUAGCGAGCUCCAAAAUUAUCUUGUGCAGAUUAUGGAUAUGCUUCGUGCAGAGUCUGUUGUAGAUGCACAAUCAUUGGCAUGUGUUUUCUAUAUUCUACGGGUUGGUGUGAUUGAUCAAAUGACUGAACCUACACAAAGGGUCUUCUUAGUUAAUCUAGGAAAGCAGCUUCAGUCCCCUGAUGCAAGUCCAUCAAUGAAAAUUGCUGCUUUACGCACUUUGUCAUAUACCCUGAAAACUUUAGGAGAGGUUCCUGUUGAAUUCAAGGAAGUUCUUGAUGACACAGCAGUAGCAGCAUUGUCUAACUCUUCACCUCUUGUACGUUCUGAGUCAGCCUUGACUUUGCGUGCACUGGCGGAGAUUGAUCCGACAUGUGUUGGUGGUUUGGUCAAUUAUGGGAUCACUACACUGAAGGCACUAAGAGAAAAUGUGUCAUUUGGGAAGGGAAACAAUCUGAAGGUUGAGCUUGAUUCCUUAAGUGGACAAGCUACAGUUUUGGCUGCACUUGCAUCUGUCUCCCCAAAGCUGCCUCUUGGUUAUCCAGCCAGAUUGCCCAGAACAAUGCUUGAUGUAGCUAGAAAAAUGCUAACAGAAGCUAGCCGGAACACUGUGGUUGCUACAGUUGAAAAAGAAGCUGGAUGGUUACUUCUCUCAUCCUUGUUGUCUUCCAUGCCAAAGGAGGAGAUGGAAGACCAGGUGUUUGAUAUUCUUUCGUUAUGGGCUGAUGUCUUUAGUGGUCGAGGCCAAGAGCAUCAAGCAGAUUCAUCAGAGGAUCUGUCUUCUAAAAUAAGUGUGUGGUCUGCUGCACUUGAAGCACUAAAUGCCUUUAUAAGAUGCUUUGUAUCUAAUGAUGCCGUGAACAAGGGGAUCUUGCUUCAACCAGUGCUAUUAUACCUUUCUCGGGCAUUAAACUUUAUUUCCUCCUUAACAACCAAGACGCCUGAUGUGAAAGCUUCUAUGGACAUAUUCAUCAGCAGAAUAUUGAUAGCUUAUCAGUCACUUUCCGAUCCAAAGGCAUACAAGAGUGAUCACCCACAACUUAUUCAAAUAUGCACAAGUCCCUUCAGAGAGGCUUCCAAAUAUGAAGAAAGCUCCUACUUGAGGAUACUUUUGGACAGCAGAGAUGCUUGGUUAGGUCCUUGGAUUCCUGGAAGGGAUUGGUUCGAAGAUGAACUUCGGGCAUUUCAAGGUGGAAAAGAUGGCGUUUUGCCAUGUGUAUGGGAGAAUGAGCUCCCUAGUUUCCCUCAGCCAGAGACUAUUAGCAAGAUGUUGGUGAACCAAAUGCUCCUUUGCUUUGGAGUCAUGUUUGCUACUCAGGAUAGUAGUGGGAUGUUAUCACUUCUUGGCAUACUUGAGCAGUCUCUUAAAACUGGAAGGAGACAACAUGUUCUACAUUCAACCAGUGUCACAAACGUAUGCGUGGGAUUACUUUCUGGAUUAAAGGCCAUGCUUACAUAUCACUCCCAACCACUAGAAACAGAGAUAUUAACUGCAGCCCAGGGGAUCUUUCAGAAUAUUCUUGCUGAGGCUGGCACCUGUGAAUCACAACGAAGAGCAUCAUCAGAAGGGCUAGGGCUACUAGCUCGUCUUGGAAAUGAUAUGUUUACUGCCAGAUUGACUCGAUCACUGCUUAAUGAUGUAACUGGUGCACCAGAGCAUUAUGCUGGAUCAAUUGCUCUAGCUCUUGGUUGCAUCCAUCGCAGCGCAGGAGGAAUGGCAUUAUCAAGUUUAGUUCCAUCCACUGUGCAUUCUAUCUCUUCACUAGCUAAGAGUUCAAUAGCUAACUUACAAGUAUGGGCUUUGCAUGGACUUCUUCUAACAAUAGAAGCUGCAGGCUUGUCUUAUGUUUCACAAGUUCAGGCAACACUUGGCCUUGCUAUGGAUAUUCUUUUGUCUGAAGAGAAUGGAUGGGUUGUGCUUCAGCAAGGAGUAGGUCGCCUCAUAAAUGCAAUAGUUGCUGUUCUUGGUCCUGAACUUCACCCUGGAAGUAUAUUCUUUUCACGCUGCAAGUCUGUCAUUGCAGAGAUAAGCACACAGCAAGAAACAGCAACACUUCUUGAAAGUGUUCGUUUUACCCAACAACUUGUACUCUUUGCUCCCCAAGCUGUUACAGUUCAUACUCAUGUCAAAGUUCUCCUUUCAACUCUUUCAUCAAGACAGCCAACUUUGAGACAUCUUACUGUGUCCACUUUGCGACAUCUCAUUGAAAAGGACCCAGAUCCUGUUAUUCAUGAACAAAUAGAAGAGAACUUGUUCCACAUGCUAGAUGAAGAAACUGAUACCGAGAUUGGGAAUUUGGUGAAAGCUACAAUUAUGCGAUUGCUCUAUACAUCAUGCCCAUCAUUUCCAUCUAGGUGGCUAUCAAAUAUGCCGUAA